ACAACUUUCUUAUUUUCAUUAUUAAUCACAACAAAAAGGUGCUCCUCUUUACAAUUUCAAUCACAAAUAAAAUAUUUAUAAUUUCUGAGGCAUAAUUAUCUCGAGCAAAUAUGCUCAAUCCUUUGUCUCCCAUAAUUUAGAAGAAGAAGAAGUUAAUCAGACCGUACUGUGUUUGAGGACAUGAUUGGGUUGAACAUUUGCUUUUCUUCUCAUAUAUAGAACGAAAAUCAAGCCGUCUUUAAUCUCUAGGACUGGGAAUCUUUUCUCUCGAGCUUUGUUGAUUGCCCAGCUUGUUUGAUGCAUCAAAAGCCCUAAACCCAUUGCAGCCAUCAUUUCAAGUGUUCUUGUGGUGUUAGAUUCUCUUAUCAGAACUUGGUCUUAAGGAUUUCAUCAAUGUCGGAGAAGAGCAAGCUUCCUUCAAGGUUUCUGUUUUGCUUAAUGACUAUUUCGACAUUCCUCUUGAUCCUUUCUUCUGUUUUCCUUCUUCAAUUUAGCCAUGGUUCUUUCAUAUCAAGAUCGGUUUUUAAGCUAAUCCUUGUCAAUGGCACCUCAGUUUACUUCAAUUCGAAUGUCAAAAGUGAACAAAUGGAAAAUCCUUUACACUCUGAUAAACCUCCACAUAUUGAUACUAACCCAACCAAAGUAAAUCGAGUGGCAUGUUCAAACUCCAAUUCUGGCAGGGAAAUGGGUUCUGGAUUAGGCAGAGGAAGACCCUGUGACUCGAAUGAUGCCGUCCUAAAGGUAUAUAUGUAUGACUUGCCGCCUCAAUUUCACUUUGGGUUACUGGGUUGGAAAGGAAGGGAAAAUCAAACAUGGCCCAGUAUCAAUAACCCCAAUCACGUCCCACCAUAUGCUGAUGGGUUGAAUUUACAGCAUAGCAUGGAGUAUUGGCUCACACUUGAUCUUCUGUCAUCAAACUCACCAAAAGUGAUCAGAUCCUGCAGUGCGAUUAGAGUGAAAAAUUCUAGUGAUGCAGAUAUUGUAUUUGUGCCAUUCUUCUCAUCCCUGAGUUACAACAGGCAUUCAAAGCUCCAGGGAAAUGCGAAAGUCAGUGUUAACAAGAUGUUGCAGAACAAAUUGUUGCAGUUUCUGAUUGGCCAGGAUGAGUGGAAGAGAUAUGGAGGGAAGGAUCAUUUAAUUGUAGCUCAUCAUCCAAAUUGCAUGUUAGAUGCAAGAAAGAAGUUGGGUUCUGCUAUGCUGUUACUUGCCGAUUUUGGAAGAUACCCAAUGGAAAUCGCAAAUCUUGAGAAGGAUACUAUUGCUCCAUACUAUCAUGUAGUUAGGACCAUUCCCAGUGUUGAAUCAGCGUCAUAUGACAAACGUUCUAUAUUGGUAUAUUUCCAGGGAGCGAUAUAUAGAAAAGACGGAGGAGUUAUUCGCCAAGAAUUAUAUUACCUUCUGAAAGAUGAGAAAGAUGUACAUUUUACAUUUGGAACAGCGCAAGGGAAUGGCGUCAAUGUUGCAGGCCUCGGAAUGGCCUCGUCCAAAUUUUGCCUGAAUAUCGCUGGUGAUACUCCCUCUUCAAAUCGCCUAUUUGAUGCCAUUGUGAGUCACUGUGUUCCUGUAAUAAUAAGCGAUGAUAUAGAGCUCCCGUUUGAAGAUGUGUUAGACUAUUCGGAAUUCUGUGUUUUUGUUAAUUCGUCUGAUGCUGUUAAAAAAGGAUACCUCCUAAAUUUCCUUAGGGGAAUUGAGAAAGAUCAGUGGACCAUGAUGUGGGAUAGAUUGAAGGAAAUAGUGCAUCACUUUGAAUAUCAGUAUCCAUCCCAGCCUGAUGAUGCUGUUGAUAUGAUCUGGAAGGCAGUCUCACGAAAGAUAUCGUCCCAACGAUUCGAAAUUUUCAGACAGAAUAGAUACCACAGAUCCCAGCUCCUGUUAACGAGUAAUUGAAGUGACACAUGAUGACUUGCAAGAUACAAAUUUUCUUUGACUUGCAAUGACUGGAGAUUGAUCAAACGUUUGACUGGAGUCCUCAUUGUUCAAGGAAGACAGAAGCCUACUUUUAUGAAAGAUCUGUAAGGAUUUUUGUUCCCCUUUUGUUCAUAUCAAUUGCAAUGCUGUUUUCACUUGUAAAACUUUUCUUUUUUUGUUAUGGAUUUUCAGUUACAUUUCUUAGUUUCUGAUUAAAAACUGUGAUUCUGAUUUCUUAGGA